AUGUCUAAAUUAAAUCAACAUGAAAUAAUACCAUUACCAACAGAUAUUGGUGCUUUAGCUAAUAGAAUUAAUAUGAGUACAAGAAAAGAACAUGAUGUUGUUAAUAAAUCUGUUUCAUUAAAAUUUGCAGUUGCUUUAAGAGAUGGUAAGAUUUAUAGACAAGGUAUCCAAGGAUUUUAUCAUGUUUUCAAAACUGUGGAGAUGUUAAUACAACAAGAAUUACAAUCUGAUUCCAAGAGUAAAAUUGGUGGAAUUUUAUCAAAAUUUUGGGAUGAAAGAGUUGCAAGAACUGAACCAUUAACUAAAGAUUUAUUAUAUUUUUAUAAUAAUGAUCCAAAAAAAUUUCAACAUCCUAUAAGAAAAGAACAAAUUGAAUUUGUUGAUCAUAUUAUUGAAACUUAUAAAGAAAAACCUCAUAUUUUAUUAGCUUAUUGUCAUGUUAUGUAUUUAGCUUUAUUUGCUGGUGGUAAGAUUAUGAAUUCAAAAUUAGCAAAAGCAACAGGAUUAUUCCCACAAGUUGAUGGACAAACUACAGAACAAGUUUCUAAAUAUGGUACAAAUCUUUAUCAAUUUAAUAUUGAAGAUGAUCAAAUCUUGAGAGCCUCAUAUAAGAGAGAUUAUGAAUUAGCUACAAGACAUGAAUUAACAGAACAAGAAAAAUUAGAUAUUAUUGAAGAAUCAAAAGAAAUUUAUAGAAGAAAUGCUGAUAUGAUUAGAGGUAUUGAAAAACAUAAUAGAGAAAAAAUUACAAAUAAAUUAUCUUAUAAAGUUGUUGUUUAUGGUUAUUAUAUUGGGAUUUUGAUUUCAACUUUUGCAUUGAUUUUCUUUGUUCGUCGUUUAAUAAAUCAUUUAUUCUAG